UUCGUUUCUCUUCAUCGCGUGCCGAACACAGAAAGGUGAAGCGCGAGGAGUUUAACGACUCGCGUCAGAUCGCCAUGUGCAUCUACAACGCCGUCGUCCUCGGCAUCGUCGGCGUCACGAUUGGCGUCAUUCUAGCCGACCAGGCGACGACUGGCUUCAUCGUGCAGUCGUCGUGUCUGAUCGUCGCCACCAGCACCACCCAGAUAAUCAUCUUUGCUCCAAAGAUCGCGCAGCACCGUAAGAGCGGCACAGCGACGGCCCCGCAGCCCGUCGUCGCCACCACCUCCGUCCAGCCGUCCACCUCCUUCGCUCAGAAUACACCGUCAACGAACGUGCUGCCGAUCCACAGGCAGCACGAUAUGAUAGCAAAACUGACGGUCACUAAGGAACUGCUGGCUAAGGCCGAGAAGCGAGAAGCAUCCCUUCAGGCGACGGUGGCGCAACUGACGGCAGAAAACACCAAACUCAUGACAAAGCUCAAAGAUCACGGCAUAUCCCAGUAAAGUAGUAUAUAGUAAAUAUAGUAUAUAGAAUAUAGUAAACUAGUUUAGUACCAUAUCAAAUUCGUAGUCUGUACGGGAUAUAUAUGUACCCAAGUGUAUUCUUUCAUCGUUUCAUAUGUUUAUAUAGACUGUCUCCGUCCCCCCAGUGUGUUGCUUCACAGGGCACCUGCCCGCAGUAGUCAGUGCAGCACAGGAAACUUUGUGGCAGUCAAUAAAAGUACGUGUAGAACAUAGGAUGCUCUCACCCAUUCUAGGCAUACACCUGGAGAGCGAGACUCAGGGAUAGAUAGAGGCAGACAGCGUGAUAGAGAUAGAGAUAGAGAGAGAGAGAGAGAGAGAGAGAGAGAGAGAGAGAGAGAGAGAAAGAAAGAGAGAGAGAGA